AUGGCAAACUCAAAAGACAUAAACAUGUCCACCCCAAUCCGCCGCAUCAUCACCGCGCACGACCCUAAAGGCAAAGCCUACUUCGCCUCAGAUGAACUUCUCCAGCCCUACGACCCAACCAGCGCUCCACGCUUCGAAGUCCCAGGCCCCAACUCCGGCUUCGGAGUGAUCCAAAUCCACCGCUCCCGGAGCUUCCCCGUCGACAACAUGCGCCAGACCAAAGAUCCCCACCGGACUCUUGUCCCGCUGGCUGAUACGAAGGGUCCCUCGUGCAGGAUCCUUGAUCUGCCUCCUGCGGAAGCGGGCUGGAUGCAUCGGACGCUGUCGUUGGAUUAUGCGGUUGUGUUGUCUGGGACGGUUGGGUUCCGGACGGAUGGCGGGGAGGAGAAGGUGCUCAAGGAGCAUGAUGUGAUUGUUGUGCGGGGGGUGAAUCAUGAGUGGAUUAAUCGGGGGGAUACGCUGGCGAGGUUAUUUGUUGUUGUGGUGCCCAGUAAGGAGAUUGAGACUGAGGAUGGGGUGAGGUUGGAGAAGACGCCGGCUGGGGAGAUUUAUGAUCCCCCGGAGGAGGAGGAUUGA